AUGACUUCAUCACCAGAAACAUCGCCACUUCUCGGCCCCAGACCUACAACAGCCGACCUGCCCCCCUCAGAAUACGAACCACACAAAACCCGGCCCGGCUCAAUCCGCAGUAUGCGCUCCUGCCUCACCAGCUCCUCCGUCACAGCCACCGCCGCCGCCGGGCCGUGCCCGCGCCAACACCUGCCGCAGUCUUCCGACGGCGCCUCCUCGUCAUCCUCCAAAAAAUCCAACACCUUUGACGGUCUCUUCCGGGACAUCAUCCUCGGCUUUUCCGACGGCCUCACAGUCCCCUUUGCGCUGACCGCCGGUCUUUCCACUUUGGGAUCCACGAAACUCGUCAUCAUGGGCGGUUUAGCCGAGUUGUUCUCGGGGAUGAUCAGCAUGGGCUUGGGCGCUUACCUGGCGGGCGUGACGGAGCGACAGCACUGGGAGGCGGAGCAUGCGCGCAAAGCGUGGGAGGUGUCGAAUCUGCCGCAGUUGGAGCAGUCGGAGAUUUUGGCUAUCUUGGAAGAGCAUUAUGGGGUGUCGCGCGCCACGGCUGCCGCGCUGGUGCAGGAUCUGUGUCGAAAGGGAAACGAAGAGAAUCUGGUUCGGUUUUUGAUGGAUCUCCAGGUGCGCAUGAUGGAGCCGGAUCUUAACCGGGCGUGGGUCAGUGCUGGAGUGAUGGGCCUUAGUUACUUUGUGGGUGGUCUGAUUCCGAUGCUGCCGUAUUUCUUUAUGGAGAGAGCGAGGGAGGCGUUGUGGGUGUCGGUGGUUAUCACGGCGUUGAUUCUGCUUGGGUUUGGCUUUGUCAAGAAUUGGGUGACGAUUAGGACGAGGGAGGCCGGGGUUUGGGGAGCGGUGCAGACGUUGAUUAUUGGGGCGUUGGCGGCGGGGACGAGUUAUGCGAUUGUGAGGUUGUUGGAUUCGGACCAUUAG